GCACGGGCAACUACGUCGGAUCACCGACGCCGUUCAACAGGCUAUUCAUUCCGGAUUGGCUUUGGCCCCGCUCUGGCAAGUUUGACGUGUUCGCGCACCACACGCGGCUGCACGUGGCCGAGACGCGCCGCGUGAUGCAAGAUCACGCUGCGUGGGUCACGAUCCUGCGCGAUCCCGUGGCACAGUUCGAGUCGGCCUUCGACUACUACCACUUCGCGAUUCCGCAACACUGGAAUAUGACGCUGAGACAAUUCAUCGCUCUGCCGCUGGAGAGGAAGCAGGCUCUGGCGAGGAUCGGCCAUGGGCGCUUCGGCGGCAGCCAGAUGGCCUUUGACCUCGGAUACGACCCAGCCAUCGUCAGCGAACCGCGCCUCGUGCAGGCCAUGCUCGACGACCUCGACAAGGCCUUCGACCUUGUGAUGAUAGCCGAGAUGAUGGACGAGUCGCUGGUGCUGCUGCGUCAGUUGAUGUGCUGGUCGACUGAUGACGUCAUCUACCUCACCAAGAACGCGCGCUUCGACGCGCUGCGAACCCCGAUGAGUCGCGCCGACCGGGCGGCGCUGGAGGAGUUCCUGGAGCUGGACAUGAUUCUGUACCGCCACUUCCGGCAGCGCCUGGCCCAGCAGAUCGCCGCCGUGCCAAUCGCGACGUUUCUGGCGCGCACGGAGGCGCUCGUGGCGCGCUGCCUGCACUACAAGCAGCGCUGCGUGGCCUCCGAGGCUAAGGGCAGCGAGCUGCAAGGGCAGCAGCACGAGAUCACCGACCGGGUCAAGGGCUACCAGCUGACAGACUCUUCCGACUGGAUGUGUUCCCGCCUCGGCAUGGCGGAGAUCGGGUACACGGACCUCCUCCGCGACGGCCAGCGCCAGCGGAUGGCCAUCUGGCGCCGGGUGUACGGUCUCCUGGGCAUGGACGUUGGCGCGCCUCAGCAGCCGGAGGAGAGGACAUAGUGGCAGGCGCGGGCGUGUGCGGGGCACGGCUG